UAUUGUAUUCAUAGUUCAUAUUUUGUCCAUGUACGUCGCUGUAGUCACACAUGCCUUGAUCGAAAGAUGAUAAAUAAUUUUGAGCAACAAUUCUUCUUCAUUCGUAUCGAAAAUAUCUUGAUAUACGAGCGUAAUAUUAAAACCAUCUUGUCGGAAAUAUUACGAACUUUAGCCAUAAAAGAAUUAUCGUAGUAUUGUGCAAAAAAGGUUAUGUAUCUCAUUCGUUGUUAUCAUCGUCGCGUCGUAAUAACUUUUCAUUUUUACAAUGUCCUAUAUGUUAAUUAAUUAUUUAAUAUUAUUUGUACAAAAUUAAAUUAAACAUGCAAUCCAAUAUAUAUUUUUACAGUUUUAAUUUUUGUACAAAGAAUAUAAUGAAAAUUCUACAUAUUUAUUAAAUAAUUUAGAGUAGAAAUGGAGGCAACAAUAGAAGAAAAUUGUGAAAUAUUAACCGCAACGUCUUCAAUAAAAGACUUCAUACAAGUUUCAUCUAAUUGGAUGAUUGACGGAAAGAAAUGUUAUGUAGAUACUAUUACAACAAUACCGUUAUCACUUGCUCCAGAGAGUAUAGAUUUAGAUGAUAUAAUUUCUUUGGAUACAUGUAUUUAUUUACGUUCGACGGAACAAGUGAAAGAACCAUGUACAUUGGACAUAAAAUUAACAAAUAAUCAAAAAAUAUCACGUAUUAUAAUUCUCUCUGAAGCGUACGUCUUAGAAUUUUUUAAACAAUACGGAGAAUAUGCAACUACAGUCUUUGCAGAACAAAUAGAUGAGUUUAUAGGAAGUACUAUAUAUUUAGCAGAAAUGAGUUUAGAACAUCCUAGUACUGAGGCCAGUAUUAAAUUUACGAAAAUAAAAAAUGCAGAACCCAUGUUAUGGAUAUUCGGUAUAAAACUUAUAUUGACAGAAUCUGUUAAAGAAAAUAAAUCAGAGAUACUUGAUUAUACAAUAACAAAUUUUCUGAAUAACUUAAAUGGUUCAACACAGCAAAAAGAAAUUUUAGCUAAUAUAAUGUUAGAAUCUUUUAAACAAGAAAAGAAUCCUGUAAAUGAUGAAAUUAUACCUUUAAAAAACCUUAUCAUUUCCAAUACUUUACAAAUACAAAAUAAUAAUAAAAAUGUAACCGAAGAGACCAAAAAAGUGGAUCUUAAUUGCAAAGAUGAUUGUAAAAAUGUAGAAAUUACAAACAUUGAAACAUAUAUUAAUAAUAAAUUUCAUGAAAUGGAAAAAAGAACUAUGCACAGAUUAAAUGAAAUUGAACAGAAUAUUAAUCAAAAACUAGAUGCUAUACUUAAGAAACUUGAAGUGAAAUUAAAAUGAUAAUAUUUAUGAACACUUUUGUAUAUAGUUUUCAUAAUUUAUCAUAACAUAAUACUGUUUUAAUUAUAUUUCAAUACCUUAUUUCUAUUGUAUUCUUAUAAAAAUGACCAACUUUAUUUAACUAUCA